UGCCUCGGGCCCCGGUACCCGCGUCGCCUACCGGCUUCAGCCAGACGAUCAUGGCAGCUCGGACCGGUCAGAGGGCGCUGGCGAGGGUGGCGUCGGGGUGCCGUCCGAAGUCGACCACCGUGGCGGAAGCCCCGGCGCGGGGACCUGUGCGCAACGUCAGACACUUAGCUUCCUGUGGUAUACUGAUGAACAGAGCGCUUCCACCGCAUGCCUCAGUGGUGCCUAAAGAGAUCUACGCAAGAACUUUCUUCAAGAUCACUGCGCCACUAGUAAAUAAACGGAAAGAGUAUUCAGAGAGAAGGAUUAUCGGAUACUCAAUGCAAGAAAUGUAUGACGUGGUGGCAGGAAUGGAAGAUUAUAAGCAUUUCGUUCCUUGGUGUAAAAAAUCAGACAUACUAUCUAGGAGAGCUGGCUAUUGUAAAACUCGAUUAGAAAUUGGGUUUCCACCUGUUCUGGAGCGGUACACAUCAAUCGUAACCUUGGUCAAACCACACUUGGUAAAGGUAAGUUUGUUGUUGUUCUGGCGAGUGUGUAAGAUAACGUCUCGUGUUUCCUUCCAGGUUUCUUUUGAAUUCCGCUCCCUUCUGCAUUCCCAGCUUGCUACACUGUUCUUCGACGAAGUUGUGAAACAAAUGGUAGCUGCCUUUGAAAGAAGAGCGUGUAAAUUGUAUGGUCCAGAAACAAGUAUACCUCGGGAGCUAAUGCUUCAUGAAAUCCACCAUACCUAAAAUGAAAUAAGAACCAGCACCACCUCCUUUUGACCCGUUUGUUCGCUUUAGAAAGUCCCUUUAUCGUCUGUUCAAAGUCAGAAAGCGUUUGUUAAGCCUGCCUGGAUCUUAAGCCUGCUCCACUGAAAAUUUGUACAUUGAAUACGGAUGCACCUCUACACAGAAUUAUGUCUUCAAUCAAGUGCAACUCAAAGUAAUGUGUACAUUUGCAGGUUCUGCCUUUGUAAUAAUAAUGGUGUCAUCACUGUUGCUAGGAUACCGCAUCCCUCACUUGAGUGCAGAGUGAAACUAACCCUUACAUGAAAGGGGAGCUGAGACAGAAUGUGUUACAUUAACCGUAUCAUGUUUAAGUUAUUAGGGUCAGAGGAUUUGUAACUUAUUGUUUUGGGCCCUGCCAUACGGCUUAGGAUAUUUGACUAAUCAUAUAUUUAAUGUUAAAACUUUGAUUUAAAGUACCGCUAAUGAAGUCUUAGCACUUUGGGUAAUUUAAGUUGUUCUUAUGGAUAGCAGUAGAUAACUCAGUGUUGUUGGGAAGCUGCUUCCCAGAGACACUUUUGCUUUUUGUUUUGUUUUUAUGUGUUUGGUGAGUGGUCCAGAGUGCCAAGCUAAUUUUCCAGACAUUCAAAACCUCCCCUUGGGUGCUUGUCUGCACUUUGAAAAUGCUGACUGUGUGUCAGAAUCUGGUCUGCCACGGCAGGCAGCCGAUACCCCCAGCACUGCAUGUCCCCAUUUUCUAUUUAUUGUGCAUAUUCACUUGCAAUAAUAUUCUAAACUGAUAUUUUUUUAAACAAAUCAAUGUAAGUACUGAAGCCGUGACUUAAUAAAGUAAAUUUGUUUAUUUUUGUA